GCCCGUUAGCUGCUGCUGCUCACCGGCAAUGAUACAGCAAACACGGACUCGGUAAGACGUCUCGGGAUGGACUUAGCGAGCACUUUUUAGCACUGCAAAGACGGAUAUAAUUCAGACACCACUGCAUAUUCACAACAGAGGAAGUUUAUUCAUCGCCGGACUCAUUUUUGAUUCGGGAAAAAGGAGACUCGACGUCCGGGAGAGGAAUGGAUGCAACGAUUGCUUUCCUGCGACAUUCACCGGCCAGCUAAGAAGCUUCCAGAUUCACUUUGAAGACCACCUGAGUGCACCUAAACUUGUCAGGGCUAGACUUAUUUAUUUGUGCUUAAUAGUGAGCACUGCUUUCCGCAAAAUAAUCGUAAUUAGUACUGCAAAGGUUCACCAAGAGUGUGGCUAAUCGCCUCUGGCGACCCAACACAGCUUUAAGGCUAACGGCUAGCGAAAUUUCGCAUUCUUUGUUUAUUUUAUUUGCUUCAUUGAAUACAGUGGGUUUUAUCUUUCUGAAGUUGUAUUAAUACUUGUGUUAAGAAAAGGGACACUGCUCAUAAGCUAGCGUCUCUGCCUAACUACAGAUCGUAACAUUUAGCUUGAUUUUAAAGGACAUAAAUCAUCUGACUUCUCACUUAUGGCUCGUUAGUAUCGCGGUACUGAGCUGACCCAGCUAGCUAGCAUCUGUGUUAGCUAGUAGGUAGCGCAAACAGCCGUCAGCCACCUCUUGGCCUUCAUUAACACCUCGACUGUAGAGAUGCACCACCAGGACUUUCCUGGAGACCCGCCUGGGACCGGGAGCAGGAAAACGGCUUUCCACUACAGGAGGGGCAGCAGCGGUGCGUCUGCCUCCUCGGUAGCCGGUGGCAGUGGAGUCAACACGGUUGACGACAAUCCAACCCAGGCUGGAUCAUCUUCUCCCGGACUCAAUCACCAGCCUCAGUCCCAAGUGGCUGGUGCUCAGGUGAAGAAGAAGAGUGGCUUCCAAAUAACAAGUGUCACCUCAGCUCAGAUCAAUGUGAGCGGCAACAACAGUUUAGCAGAUGACACUGAGAGCUAUGAUGACAUGGAUGAGUCACACACUGAAGAUCUCUCCUCUUCUGAUAUGCUGGAUGUUUCUGUGUCCAGGGCCACAGAUACAGGUGUGCCGGACAGAAGCUCCUCUGAUGAGACGUUGAACAGUCUCCAUGGGGUCGAUACACCCGGACUUGUGUCGCCCAACGAGCCUCUUCACCCUCAUUCCAUACCUCAAGGGGCUCAGCAACACACUUCUAUGGUAAAUGGGACCAUGCAUCAUCAUUAUUAUCCUCAGCAACAAAGCCAGCCCCACCAUCAUCACUCUGAUAGCUUGGGAGGAGGUGAACCCCCAUUGCCAGCUCUUCCCAUUGCUCCCGUGGCUAGUUCCAGUCCAGCUAUGGCUUCCAAAGCUGGGCCUAGCCAGUUCCAGAGGGUGCCAGUGUUGGAUAACACUAAACCUGCAGGCGGGACAACCCAACCAAUAGCCGCUAUUGUUGGUGAGACAGCCACUGAUCCACAUCUACAGGCCAGUGGGAAUAUUUCUAAUGUGUCUGCUGUCACUGCUGCUGCAGUUCUUCCUUCUGGGUCUGCAGGUUUUGAAAACACUAGUGCGAGUGGGCAAGUAGUUUCUGUGGGAGGAGUAACAGGCCCGUCUGCUGCUGCCCCCAAUACGCAAACCCAGCACACCCAAACCCAGACAGCUACUGGCUCUCGUUUUAGGGUGGUCAAGCUAGACACCAACUCUGAGCCCUUCCGCAAAGGAAGAUGGACAUGUACAGAGUAUUAUGAAAAGGAGGUAUCUCAUCCAGCUGUGUCUGAGGCACCAAAAGGUGCAGAGUUGGCUGUAGAGAGUGAGACAAGUAAUGCUGGGAUUAGUCCAGGUAUACCUGCUGUACAGCCACUGCACACACUGCAACCCUAUCAGACACCAAACCAGGAUUUCACUAGUCCACAAGCCAUGCAGAGCCCACCACAAGGACUGGCCCAGACCACUCCUCUGACCUAUGUUGCACCCCCAGAGGUCAUUAGUGGAGUUCACAUGUCAAAACCAGUGGCCUCUGUCACUCUCCCAACAGCAACACCACAGGUUACACCACAGGCCGGUGUAGGUCAACCUCAACUCGUAAUACCCCAGCAGUUGCCCUAUGCUGUGGAUCCCCACCAGGCUCAAACCCAGGGAGGUUACCCUGCACCUCAGCUCCAAGCAGGGGUCAUGACCCAAGGAACUGUCCGUCAGCCAGACUUCAUCCAGCCCACUGCUCCCUUCCAGACUCAGGUCCAACCUCCACUGCCACAUGUUACAACAGGAAUCUCCAUAACACAGCCACUGGUCAGCAUUACUCAGCAGCUGCCCCACCAAGGUCAUGUAGCCCCACCUGCCCCAGCAAAUUUUGCUGCAGGACAGCCACAGACUCUCCCAUCUCAACUCCAGCCUCACCCACAGUCACAAGUCCAACCCCCCUCUAUUGCCACAGUCCCAGUAGCACCCACCCAUGGGACCCCCUACAUGCCUCUGACUGCACUGCAAGCUGACCUCCAGCCCCUCCUCACCCCAGGCACAACCCUCACCCAGGUCCCUGGAGGAGGAAGCUCCACAAGAACCUCUCAGCUGGAGGACGCCCAGAAGCUUCUGCUCCAGCACCAAGGCCUGCUGGCUCUGCCCCGGCUGGGGGUGGCAGCAGGUGGAGAGGGGGCUGCGGAAGCAAGUGGUGCUGCUGGAACACUGGCCCAUAUGGGGAUGUCAGCUGAGGCCAGUGCUUUCAUGGCAGCUGCUGCUGCAGGCCUUAGGACUCAGCAUGCUGAAGGAGAAGAGGACAGCUCCUCGGGUGCAAGUGUGGUGGCCAUUGACAACAAGAUUGAACAAGCAAUGGAUCUGGUGAAGAGCCACCUGAUGUACGCCGUGCGCGAGGAGGUGGAGGUGCUGAAGGAGCAGAUCAAAGAGCUGAUCGAGCGCAACACUCAGCUGGAGCAGGAGAACAACCUGCUCAAGACCCUGGCCAGCCCCGAGCAGAUGGCCCAGUUCCAGGCGCAGGUUCAGACCGGCGGUUCCCCCACCAGCACCGCCCAGCCUCUGCUCCCGGUCCCCGCCGGAUCCACACAAGUCCUCCCCUCCACACAGAACUCCGGCUCGUCUGCGUAACACAGAACCUGCACACUGGAGAGCCUCCUAAGGAUGAGCAAUAGGGGGGAUGGAAGGAAGAAGAUGAGGAGAAGGAAGAGGAGGAAGGAGUCUUGCCAUACUGUGAACUAACUCUAGCAUCAAGACCGACUAUGCCACCGUCUCAAGGACACUUCAACUUAACCGGAGGACGAAACAACUUUCCUUUGUUGCACAUUUUAUUUAAUUGAAAGACUUUGGAGUUGCACCGUGUGUGUGUGUGUGUGUGUGUGUGUGUGUGUGUGUGUGUGUGUGUCCGCUUUGUCUCCGACUUUUAUUACCUGCUUCAGACAAUCGUUGUCGUCGUGCUGGUCGCCGUGUUGAUGAUGAAGAAAAGGACAGAGCUGACAGGAACUGAUAGUCGACCCUUACGGCCAGCGCCGCCACUGUUCAGGGCCACCAGAGGAAGGAGGAGCUAACCCAGGGCUCGGCCAAUCAGGGGAGCACGCUGCACGCUCUUGUCAGUGCCGUUGAAUCCCUCGCAGUGUGAACCGUGGAAAGUGUGCCAUCGUCUUGCCCCCGCCCCACCUCAACUCAUCGCUGUCCAUCUGCACACAGUUUUUUACUCAGCAUCUGCUUAUUUCUUUAUUCCGUUUGCACUUUUUUCAGACGAUGUCGACAGCGGACGAACUUUACAGAUUCGUACAACCCAUCUGGAAUGGGAGUCAAAUAAACCAGCCGACUUUUUUCUGGGUCUCAAUCCUCACAGUAUCUGAAGACGACAAGAUUUUCUGCGCUGAGGCGGGGUUAUAAAGAAAUUUCUGAUAUAUAUAUAUAUUAGCUGCGUCUCCUUGUUCACUUUAAGAACUCUGUGUUCUUUUCGAGGUUAGCGUCGCCAUCCCCACCCUUAAGGCACCCUCCCCCCUUCUUGGAUGGAGCAUUAAACAUUUAUGCAGGGAAUUAAUGUUUUUUAGGGAGGGCUGGGAAAGGAUUGGGAUUUGGUUUGUCUGUUGAUCUUCUUGCUCUUAUUGAUGUAAUAAAUGUCCUAGUGGUCUGUAAAAAUAAAUGAUGGAAAGGUGAAUAAAUAGGACAUGACUGUUUCUAGGUAGUGAACUUUGUACAUAUGAAAAAUUUCCAAUUAAACUCUGCCAAGUGCCUGGUUUCUAACCAUAGAUACAUAUAUAAGCUUUUUUUAGUUGUUUUAUUCAUAUAUUUGUAUAUAUAUAUAUAUCUAUGGUUUUGCCAGGUUUUGAACUACCUGUGAUGUCAUUACUCAGGGUGGGACCACAAGAGGAUUAUUUACCUCCACACUAAGAUGCUGUCUCUCCUGCAGUGACACACGGCCUCGUACUGUAUGUGAACUCUCCUCUGCCGCCGCUUAAAACUCACUCGCUCAAAUGAUCUGGACUGUUUUACCAUUUGGGGACGUGUGUAGUUGUUUUUUUAACGAAUGACUGUUUUUUUUUUUGUUUUGUUUUGUUUUUUCCUUUGUUUUUUUUCUUCUUCUUUUUUGUCUUUUGUACAGCCAAGUGUUUUGAGUUGCUCAUAGUGCAACUGGAGCGCUGAACACAAUAAUGAGAUACUUGGCAAAAGAAAAAAAAAAAAGGAAAAUGCCUAGCAGAAGUAUGUCGAUGUUUGUGCAUGUUCCUCAGCCCAUCACAAAUGUGACGUUAUAAUUGCACUAGACAGUUGCACCUCAAAUAAAAAUAAAAACAAAAAGCAAAAAGUG